AUGACAUUAAUUAAAAACCAUAACAAAGCUUAUAAUGGCUUUAUGCACUUCAGGGCUGGUGAAAACUUUUUUACCAAGUGCUUAUCUUUGAUCCCUUAGUGCCAUCAUCCCAUUGAGCACAAUAGGUACAGUUCCAACGAGGGUUUCGGGUCCGUGGAGAAGGUCGUGCUGCUAACAUUCCUCUCGGUGGUUAUCCUGAUGGCCAUCCUGGGCAACCUGCUGGUGAUGGUGGCUGUGUGCAGGGACAGGCAGCUCAGGAAAAUAAAAACCAAUUAUUUCAUUGUGUCUCUUGCCUUUGCCGAUUUGCUGGUUUCGGUGCUGGUGAUGCCCUUUGGUGCCAUUGAGCUGGUCCAAGACAUCUGGAUUUACGGGGAGAUGUUCUGCCUGGUCCGGACCUCUCUGGAUGUCCUGCUUACCACAGCAUCAAUUUUUCACCUGUGCUGCAUUUCACUGGAUAGGUAUUAUGCCAUCUGCUGCCAGCCUCUGGUUUACAGAAACAAGAUGACCCCUCUGCGCAUCGCAUUGAUGUUGGGAGGCUGCUGGGUCAUUCCUAUGUUCAUAUCUUUUCUCCCUAUAAUGCAAGGCUGGAACAACAUCGGCAUAGUUGAUGUGAUAGAGAAAAGGAAAUUCAACCACAACUCUAAUUCUACAUGCUGUGUCUUCAUGGUCAACAAGCCCUACGCCGUCACCUGCUCCGUGGUGGCCUUCUACAUUCCAUUUCUCCUCAUGGUGCUGGCCUAUUACCGUAUUUACGUCACUGCUAAGGAGCAUGCCAAGCAGAUCCAGAUGUUACAACGGGCAGGAGCCACCUCUGAAAGCAGGCCCCAGCCAGCUGACCAGCACAAUACGCAUCGCCUGCGGACCGAGACCAAGGCAGCCAAGACUUUAUGCGUCAUCAUGGGCUGCUUUUGUUUCUGCUGGGCCCCCUUCUUUGUCACCAAUAUUGUGGACCCUUUCAUAGACUAUACCGUUCCUGAGAAGGUGUGGACUGCUUUCCUCUGGCUCGGCUAUAUCAAUUCAGGGUUGAACCCUUUUCUCUAUGCCUUCUUGAAUAAGUCUUUUAGGCGUGCCUUCCUCAUCAUCCUCUGCUGUGAUGAUGAACGCUACAAAAGGCCCUCUAUUCUGGGUCAGACUGUCCCCUGUUCAACCACAACCAUUAAUGGAUCCACACAUGUGCUAAGGUGGAGAAGUGCAGAGUCCAGAGAUGCUAGUAAUGAGAAAACAGUAUCUGACUCCAAGUCAGAGGAUCCAGAUGCCAGCCCUGGCCCUGCUUCUAAAAUGCUGUGAGAUCAUGAACAAUGUCUUCCCAUCUCUGAAACCCACUUUCUAUAUUUCCAAAUGAAGCUUG